GAUAGAAAGUGCAGCCCCAGCUUAUCUCUGCUAGCCACUUCCUUCAUGAGUGUUUGGCCACUUCCCGCGCAGCCAAUCAAGUGGAGCUGCUUGCCGUAUGCUGACGAUGGCAGGUCUCCUUGUCACAAGCCACAGAAGCAAGAAAUUAGUAUGUCGCCCAUCUAAAAUGAGCCACACAGAAAAGGCGUCCCAGAGGAGUUCGGGAAAAGGCCCUGAUGCACCGCUAACCCAUUCUGCUUUUUCAUGCAUUGAAGAAAGCACAGAGAAUCCUGAAAAUCAGCAUAAAUAUCUUUAAAUGAAAAUAAAAGAAUGCAAAACUGCAAACAAGGUGGUCUCUCCAUGUAUUUGGGACUUGAAAAUGGUCACGUGUCAAGGAUUGCUGUUUUUUCUGUUCCUUGAGACUGCCUCAGCAAGUUCCUGUCCCGACCGUUGUGCUUGUUCACCAUCGGAUCAGAACCCACUGAAAGUGGAUUGCAGCUUCAGAGAACUGGUGACACUUCCCCACCUACCCAGUUCAACACAAGAACUGUACCUACAGGAAAACAACCUGGAAACAAUAGAGUCAGGAGCAUUUGAUAACCUUCAGAUGGUGCAAGUCAUCAAUUUAUCAAGCAAUCCAUGGCACUGUGACUGUGGAAUUCUGUAUCUGAGAAACUGGUUAGAAGACCAAGCUGAAAGCAUGCACACUGGUGGUGUGAACUGCUUUACUCCUCCUUCACUUCACAAAAGACCUAUAUCUGAGUUAAAAAGAAAUGAACUUCCUUCUUGUUCCACACCCCAAAUACUUUGUUCAGAUCUCUUAUUCUUUGAUGCACCAAUCUUCCUUGUAGUAUUUAUUAUUCUCCUCAUUUGUGGUUUCCUAAUAACAAGAAGGACUAAAUUUAAAGUGGAGGUUUGUGAUACCCACACAAACAUCUCAAGAACAUUACCUUCAACUUCUUAUCAGUUGAAAAGAAGAACAAGAAGAGUAUCAAGUAAUCCAUCAUUGCUAGUGACGAUUGUGCCUUAGACUGCCAAACAUGAAGAAAGGCAAACAUAUUAUUUCUGUUGAUCAUUAAAAGUCAAGUUGAAAGCUGAAAACAGUGGCUAUUACUGACUUCUCAUGUUAAGGAAAGGGAACUCAUCAAAGAUGUGCUCUAUGAGCAAAAACGAAAGGUGCAUCUGUAUUGUCAAAUCCAAACAACUUUAUCAAUACAUUUCUUUUUUUAUAGUGCUUUAAUGCUCCUGGUAAAUAUAUCACCAGGAAGCACAAUUACUUCUCCAUUCAAAAAUCAGGCACAUAAAUACAGUAGCAGACUAGAGGAUCACUACAUUGAAUUUGUACGUUCUGUCUGACCUGGUCUUGUAAACACUAUGGCAUCCAUGGGACUGAGUCAACCCACAAGCACAUAUUUCCUUUCAGUCAAACCAAGAACAACUCACCUAGGGAGAAGGGUUUUUAUUUUAUUGUUGUCUCAUGUUUAUAGUGUUUCUUGAAUUGUAUUAUUUUAAAUUAAUAUAAAGAGCAAUGGGUACUGAAUACUUCAUGUGACCCCCAGGGCUCAUAUUACAGUCCUCAAAGUCUUUUAAAAUAUCUGGAAUAAAACAAUCCGGUGCAAAAGGAUAUUUGGUGUGAUAAUGAUCAAUCGCACCCCACAUAAGCAUAUGAAUAUAAUUUACAAAUCGGAUGCAAAUUGCCCUUCCUCCUCUCUCCCAGUUGUUUUAGGGCCCUAAGUAGCUUUCUAUGAAACCGGAAGUUUACUUAAAACAGACCUAGAACAGGCCUGUAGAACCCCCAAAUAAUCUUAAACAGCCCAUAAUGCCCAGUAGAUUUUGAGGGUCAUAAAUGAACUAUUUUUACAAUAAAAAAGCCAACCAGCAUCCAGUAAAUUUCCUUACCUCUGCUGUAAAUAAUUCUUAAAUCUCUUAAUAACAAUUGAGGGCACCUCCAGACAGCGGCAAAAUGCGAGUUUUAAAAAGUGGGGCAAAAAAUCCUGGGACCUGACAGCAAGUCCACACACAGACCUGUCAGUCCAAGGAAAUGCUCCUCUGCUGUUCUCACAUUUUCCUUUUAAGCAAAUCAAGAUGGAGGGAGGACAGAAGACAUCUGGCAGAAGCUUAUAUAUGUGCGCUAGACCUGAGAUGCGCUAGACCUCAUAUGGGCAUAUGCAGAGAUCCAGAUGUAAACACAAGUGGAUUUCUUAUUCUCUCUCUCCACCCAACCAUUAAUUCAAGCUCUGCUGAGUAUUAUAAAGAUCUAAAUAAAGGAAUGGUUGCAGAGAA